GUUUUAACGGUGAUGCCAUCACUUUUACCAGUGGCAACUCUUUUGCUUUUUUUCUUUCUUAACAAUAUUUUAAUUUGUCCUGGAGAACCCUUUCAGGAUGUCUGCAUUACGGUCAACUUCCCAACUGACGAAUUAACCCCGACCCCUCAUCUCCUCGCGUUCGCUUCUUUUUCUCGCUUCCGGUUGAGUUGCAUGUCAGGGUAGUAUUGCACGGCGACCUGUUACUAAAACAUCUCCAGUGGACCUAAAUUUCAAUAGUGGCCCCCUCCCCUCUCUUUCCCUGAGUUGGCUAACUAUGACCCUAGGCGCAUAAGUAUAGGGCAGGCAACCAUUACAAGCACUUGGCGACUCGCCUCAUAGGGCGACAGGGCUCUCGGACUCGGUAGCGUGGGUCCCAUGCACGGAUGCUAUGUAGGGUUCGGAGUAGGAAAUGAGGCUGUUCAGCAUCACAGGUGAGGUUGCUUUUCUAUAUUAAAGCUGAACUUCACUCCAAUGCUGUUGAGUCCUGUCUCUUUUCCACCCUCACCCACGACCACGUCUUCAACUUCCCGUCAUCAACUCCAUCGGCACCAUGAAGGUCUCUCUCGGCUCUGUGCUCCUUGGAGCGCUGCUUGCCAGCACACCCGCUGAGGUUGUGGCCCAUCCUGGCCAUCCCAGUACGUGCGUGGUCACCACCAAGCGGAAGGAGUUCCGAACCUUGUCCAACGUCCAAAAGCUCAACUUCCUGGCCUCGGUCAAGUGCCUCAUGAACCGUCCCCCCGCCCUUUCAGCCACAUACCCAGCCUCGACAUCACGAUGGACCGAUUUCCUCCUCAUUCACCAAGCAAAUACCCCUUUUGUUCACUGGGCGGGCCAGUUCCUCCCCUGGCAUCGUGCGUUCCUUCAGGACUUUGAGGAUGCCCUCCGCAAUGAGUGCGGUCUUAUCGGCGGCAUCCCCUACUGGAACCCGGCCCUUGACUUCGCCAAUCUCACCGCAUCACCAGUGCUGUCUGGCCCUCUAUCCUUUGGUGGGAACGGUGUUGGUCCCGUAGUCGUCCCGCCAGGAGGCCAAUCCAGCGAUGGCAACUGCGUCAUUGAUGGCUUCUUCGGCAACGUCAGCGUCCGGGUUGCCCAGGGUCCUGCUCCGGGCCAGGUUGCAGACCGGUGCCUCCUGCGCUACAUCCGCCAGGACUUUGCCUCCUACUGGAUGAACCCCAGCCAUGUUGCCACAGUUUUGGCUCAGCCUGACUACGCAACUUUUGCGCCUCUCAUUGAGGGUGAUAUGAUCCCUCCUGAUGUUUUCCCUACCAUGGGCAUUCACACUGGUGGCCACGCUACUAUGGGUGGUGACAUGUCUGACAUGUUCACCUCUAACUCUGACCCCAUCUUCUACCCUUUCCACACCAACAUCGACCGUCUCUGGGCCAAGUGGCAGGCUGCCAACCCCACUGCCCGUCAGUACGACAUCUCGAAUCCCAUUGCUCCACGCGGUGUUAUUCAGAUGUGGCCCAACCCUCCUGCCGGCAAUGUUACGCUUGACUAUGAGCUCUCGCCACUCAAGGUGGGCGGCUCUUCGACUGUCACCACGGUUGGGCAGAUCAUGAAUACCAAGGGCAAGGGGGUGCCGUCUGCGCCUGGGAAGCCUAAUGGGAUUUUGUGCUAUGAGUAUGUUGAAUAAGAUAUCAUGUUAGCUUGUGGUGUGGUAAAGGAAUAGAAAUUUGAGGACACCUAUCUGGUGCUCUCCUUUCAGCAGAACUCGUGUUUG